AACCGAUAGCGAAAACAAUAAAAGAGGCCGGACAAUUGCUGAACUACCCCAGCCUUCUAGAAGAAAAUCCCUUGAAUCCGCUGGGAUAUAUGGAAGCUAUGAAUACUAUAGCGGGAGGGGUUCGAGUCAAUUCAGCGAAAGCGUUCUUAGCAUCUGUUAAAUAUAGAAGAAAUCUUUUGGUGGCGCUUCAAUCGUUUACCAAAAAAAUUAUCAUUGAUAAAAAGUCUCGAAUCGCAACGGGAGUUGAAGUUGUGAUAGAAAACAGAAUGUUGAAACUGUAUGCAAAAAAAGAAAUAAUAGUGUCUGCAGGUUCUAUAAACUCCCCGCAACUCCUCAUGCUCUCAGGUAUAGGCCCCAAGCACCACCUAGAAGAGCUGGGUGUCGAUGUUAUUGAAGAUUUGCCUGUGGGAAAGAAUCUUCAAGAUCAUAUGAUAUUUAUGGGUUUUACAGUGGAAUUGAACAACAAUGCACUUAAAUUGAAACAUUCUCUGCACCAGAUUGAUGAUAUUUACAAAUAUUUCCUGAACAGAUCAGGAGACUUAGCACGAAUCUCAAUAACUAACUUAGUGGGAUUUAUAAACACAAAAAAUGAUUCAAUAUAUCCAGACAUUCAGUUCCACCACAUAAUUUAUGUGCCUGAUGACCGUUACUUGUUACCAUUGCUAGGUGAAGCUAUGGGUUUCAGGGAUGAAGUUACUCAAAGAAAACAGGAUUUUAAUAAAAAAUAUCCAACACUAGAAUUCAUUCCUACUCUUCUCAACCCAAAAUCAAAUGGUGAGAUCUACUUGAGAACCAAUGAUCCUUUCGAAAAACCCAUGAUCAGAUCAGGAUAUUUCACUGACAUAGGGGAUGAAGAUAUAAAUGUGUUGUUAGGUGGAAUAAGAUUCGCUGAAAAAGUCGUUGAAUCAGACCCUUUCAAAAAACACGAUCCCAAAAUUCUGCGAGCCAACCUUCCAGCAUGCGACGUUUUUCAAUUCCGCUCAGACGAGUACUGGAAAUGUGCUUUGAGGCACCUCUCCACGACAUUGUAUCAUCAGGCCGGUACGUGCAAAAUGGGUCCCUUAAACGACAAUUCCUCGGUGGUCGAUAGCAGGUUGAAGGUGCACGGAAUAAAAAAUUUGAGGGUAGUGGAUGGGAGCAUAAUGCCAAAAAUAGUCAGCGGGAAUACUCAAGCCCCGAUCAUGAUGAUUGGACACAAAGCGGGUGUGAUGAUUACUGAAGAUUGGAGGUCGAAACGUGACGAACUGUGAGAUGAAAAUAUUUGAUUUGU